GGAAAAGGCAAGGCUGGGUCGGGGCACGUGUGUUUUGCGUGCCGAGGGAAGAGGCUGGCAAGGCGGCCUCAACCGCUGCAAAGAUGGGCAAGAAGAGCAAGAAGGAGAAGAAGGUGAAGGGGGCUGAGAAAACAGCCGUCAAGAUGGAAAAGAAAGUCUCCAAGAGGGCCAAGAAGGAGCAGGAGGAUCUUGAAGCUUUGAUAGCAGAAUUCCAGACACUGGAUGCUAAGAAGACUCAAGUGGUUGAGACAAGCUGCCCCCCACCCUCCCCAAGGCUCAACGCAUCUCUGUCUCCACAUCCUGAGAAAGAUGAGCUAAUCCUCUUUGGAGGUGAAUAUUUCAAUGGCAAAAAAACGUUCCUGUACAAUGAGCUGUUUGUUUACAACAUUCGGAAGAACAGCUGGGCUAAACUUGACAUCCCCAACCCCCCUCCGCGCCGCUGUGCCCAUCAGGCUGUGGUGGUAGCUCAGGGUGGUGGACAGCUUUGGGUGUUUGGCGGGGAGUUUGCUUCACCAGACGGGGAGCAGUUUUACCACUACAAAGAUCUCUGGGUCUUGCAUUUGGCCAACAAGACCUGGGAGCAAAUAAAGGCUUCUGGGGGCCCUUCAGGUCGGAGCGGACACCGCAUGGUGGUGUGCAAGAGGCAGCUGAUCCUCUUCGGAGGGUUCCACGAAAGUGCAAGAGAUUACAUCUACUACAACGAUGUUUAUGCCUUUAACCUGGACGUGUUUGCCUGGACCAAGCUGACUCCCUCUGGGAUUGCCCCCGCUCCAAGGUCUGGUUGCCAUCUAGCUACCACUCCCGAAGGCAACAUCCUUGUCUAUGGAGGCUACUCCAAGCAGCGAAUUAAAAAAGACGUUGACAAGGGCACUCUUCAUACAGAUUUGUUCCUGUUGAAGGCUGAAAGCUCAGACAAGUGGACAUGGGCUCGGAUUAGUUCUUCAGGGGUGAAGCCGACCCCCAGGUCUGGCUUCUCGGUGGCUGUGGGCCCCAGCAACCGGUCCCUUCUCUUUGGUGGGGUCCACGAUGAGGAAGAGGAGGAGGACCUUGAAGGAGACUUCUUUAAUGAUAUUUAUUUCUACGACUUGGCGAAGAACCGGUGGUUUCCUGGACAGCUAAAGGGCCCAAAGACUGAGAAGAAGAAGCGGCGCCGAGGGCCUGCGGCAAAGACUAGCUGUGAAGGUGGUGAGAGCGAGCAGCAGCUCCCUCCGGGCCCCGUGGAGAUCGUCAAGGAGGUGGUGGCGGAGGAUGGGACCAUCAUGACUAUCAAGCAGGUGAUUUCGGCCCCCGAGCUGGAGCUGCAGGAUCCUGAGUCGGAGGAUGAAGAGGAUGGCACGGGUGAUGAGGCCUCCAGCCAGCAGGUGGAGCCAUGCCCACGCUCAAACGCCAUGCUGGCAGUUAAGCACGGGGUGCUCUAUGUUUACGGAGGGAUGUUUGAGGUGGGCGACCGCCAGUUCACUCUGAACGACCUUUAUGCUAUUGACCUCCACAAGAUGGAAGAAUGGAAGGUCCUCGUGGAGAUGGACCCAAAAACUCAGGAAUGGCUUGAAGAUUCGGAGUCUGAUGACGAGGGAGAUGUGGAAGGUGCGGAGGGAGGAGAUGAGGAGGACGAGGAAGAAGAUGAAGAAGAGGACUCUGACGAUGCUGAGGGCGAGGAUGAAGCAGAGGAAGAUCACCCCGCUGUGCAGCCUGAUGAAAAGUACACGGAUUACCUCUCCAGGACAGAGCAAUACUGGGUGAAACUGGCCCGCCAGAAGAUGGGCCCUGAUGCCAAAGAGAAGAAGAUGGUGAAAGUGGGGCAUGCAAUGGCAAAGGCCUUCCACGAAGGGUCUGCCUAGGCGAGGUCUUGCCUGCCCCUCAAUGAGCAUUGGCACAACUGGUGUGUAAACAUGCAAUUCUCCAUCUUCAGGGGAAACUACCACUUGGCUUUCUGCAUGUUUAUGAAUUGGCUGUAAGGGAGCAGUUUGCAGCUACAAGGAUGAAAAGGCCACCUCUGGCCCUGCAAGGACUUCUCUCCCUCUCCCUCAUCUGCUCCUGCUGAUUUUGUGACAGGUUGCUGGUGCUUCGGGACUGGAGGAUGUUCCCUUGUGAUAUUGUGAACGUAACCCUGGUUGGCAAAGGGAUGCCUUCCAAGGAAGGGAGGCAGGAAGAGGAGAGGAAAUGGGAUAGGCUUGGGUGGGCCACUCUGAGGGAGUCGGUGGAUUAGAGCAGGCAUCCCCAAACUGCGGCCCUCCAGAUGUUUUGGCCUACAACUCCCAUGAUCCCUAGCUAACAGGACCAGUGGUUGGGGAAGAUGGGAGUUGUAGUCCAAAACAUCUGGAGGGCCGAAGUUUGGGGGUGCCUGGAUUAGAGGGAUCAGGCACUUAAAAGCUUGGCUAUUCUUGUUGGAAGCUUUGAGUUCGAUACUUAAAUGUUUGAGAGUUUCAGGAGGCUCCUGUUUUCCACUCCCAUCAUCAGAUCAGGAACUGGGACUUCACCAUUUCAGCAGGUUUUAUAAAUAAAGGUUCUUUUGUCUGUUAGGAUGCUUUCUCUUUAAUGGGCAGUAUUGAAGAUGGGAAACCUUUUGAGCCGGGAUGUACCAAGCUCCCAUCUUGUUCUGCAACUGACAGAUGUGCCAACAUCAAGCCAGACAUUCUUCAUGCUUAGAAAGCUAUAUCAUGCUGGCUUUAGUGCGCCGUCACGUCACCAUACUAAAUGCACGGGCUGAAUUUCCUCCCAGAUCGUCGCCUAACUUCUUUCCUUUUAGAGUGCAGAAAUAAAGCUUAGUAACCCUGGUUUCAAAUUCAUAGGAGGAAGAGCUCUACGGGUGGGGUGGAGACUGGAAGAGGCCUUGAAUCUGCCCCACAUUGCAAGGUUCAUUAUCUGGUUCAUAAGACAUUAACGUUUUCCUUUUUUUCUCAGACUGACUGUGCUGUCAGAACCAUAUUUUAUAAACAUUUACAAUGUCUUAAGAAUUCCUCAUUUUUUAAAAAUAACUUUUCUCAUUGGAAAUAGAAAAACUGCCCCUAUCAAAGGUAUUUAACCCUUAAACAAGUUUAAAUAAGCAAGCACUUUCAAUUAGUUAUUUUUCAGCAACUGGAUCUGAGUUAAUACACAGAUCCAGUUGCUGAAAAAUAACAACUACCGGUAAUUGAAAGUGCGUGCUUAUUUAAACUCAUUUAAGAGACUGGCUAGAGGAUUUGCAUGCCCAAGUUUAAGCUGACUUUUGUCCUGUUAACUUCAGGUGGAGCUGAGUCUACUUCAGUCCUAGUACAGCAGCUGCAGAUGUUUUAUUGCUCACAUGAUAAAUGGAUCUCAACCCACAACCACAUCUCCAUGGAAAGGGCCAUGUUGGCACUUGCUUUGCCUACAGAAAAGCCCAGGUUCUGGCCCCAGCUACUCCUGUUAAAAGUUCCUCAGGCACCUGAGAUAUUGGACAGUCAAUGUAGCAGGCCCAUCCCUCAGUGGCAGGCCACAUGUGUGUUUAGCAGACAGAUGAUGGCAGGUUGUGUCUAGUUAAACAUCUUGUAAUAGACCUGGGAAAGGGCCUCUGCUGUCAGUCAGAGACAGACUCAAGUCUAGGUGUUAUCUAGCUCAGGACUAAGGACUAAGCUUCAUGUGUUCAUAUAGCUGCUUCAAAAUAGAUUCCCUGGAAAUCAGUGAGUUUUGCUCCCAAGGGUCAAAUGGGCUGCUAAGGACUAACUCCUCUGAACUCUUGCAACAAAAUUGGACUCAUUUGCUCAGUUUUGGAAUUGAUAUAUAAACCUAGAGAAGGAGCAUCAAUGGGUGUUUCCACUAUUUAAUCACAGGAAUUCACUUGGCAUUGAAUUGUAGAUUCAAUUCGCGUUCUUUUUUAAUCACCUGGUGUUUUUUAAAAUUUCAUUUCAGUAUUAUUGUUGUUAUUUUCAAUAAAUACCAUUUGAAUCCAGAACUGGGGCACAGGUCACCAUCUUCCUGCUUAAAUAGCCGUCCCUUUGUCUCCACCUAGCAAUACCCUUGGCUUCCUUUGCAACCAAGUGUUGCUGUUGUUCCCCGCGGUGCCAUAUGGCAGAGCAGGAUCCCUGAUCACGGGAAGAGAGAGCGACUGAGAGCAAGUGAGGAAGCGAAGGACAAGCCCCCCUGGGCUUGGCGCCAACAGCAGCCGGCGCCUGUUGACAGGCAGGAUAUCCAUCAGCCGUGGAGAUGGUUAUUGUCGCAAGGGACCUGCCCUGCAGGAGUGGAGCAUUAUCUCCAGCAGCUAAUGGUUUAAUGCUCUGCACAAUGCUGCUUUUCUGCAGUCCCUUAAAAGAAGUUCAAGUAAAGUGCUCUGUGCUCAAAAAAGAAUGAGGAAGGAUUUCACUGCUUUUUUUUGGGGGGGGGGAGACACGGAUGGGCAUUGGUGGGGGUUCAGGCAGGGAGCCCAACCUGGAGAUGCCAUUGGGAUGGAUCCUGGGGCCACCUGUUCUGCCACUGAGCUACAGCUUUUCCCCUGAAGUCCACAUCGCAAAGCAAUGCUUCCUCCAUAUUGAUGCUCCAGGAGGUCUUGGGGGGGGGAGCUUUUAUUUCCAUCCUCCCCCAGUCCUGCUGCCUUGAGAGCCUUUUAACUUUGGGUAAAGAAGCCUUGGGCCAGGAGCUGCAUGUGGCCCUGCUGGGCUCCCUAUCUGGCUUUUCAGUCUUCCUCUAGGCCCUACCUUUCUGUUGCUCUGCCCUCUUUGGCACCUCUGGCCAUUCACAACACUGGCCUGUACCCUUCAGACAUGGCUCAUGGUAUCUUAUAAGGACAGGGAUUGAACCUGGGGUCCUGUUUGCAGGGUUGGUGUUCCACCCUCGUAGGUCACAUCCAAACAACAGUUCCCAGGAUUCUUUUGGAGGAAGCUGUGUGCUUUAGCUGUAUGGUGAGGAUGUGACAUUAGCCUCACAGGUGUGUGUAUGUUUUAAGGUACAACCCAUUAUGUACACCACAAUUUAAGAAGGAUGUUGACAAGCUGGAAUGUGCAGAGGAGGGCAACCAAGGUCUGGAAACCAAGCCUUAUGAGGAAUGGUUGAGGCAACCGGGUAUGUUUAGUCUGCAAAAGAGGAGACUGAGAGGAGAUAUUAUAGCCAUCUUGUCACAUGGAAGAUGGAGCAAGCUUGUUUUCUCCUGCUCUGGAGGGUAGAACCCAAACCAAUGGAUUCAAAUGACAAGAAAGGAGGUUCUGACUAAACAUCAGGAAGAGCUUUCUGACAGCAAGAGCUGCCUGACAGUGGAAUGGACUCAGGAGGAAUGAACUCUCCUUGGAAGUUUAUAAGCAGAGGUUGGUCAUCUGUCAUGGAUGCUUUAGUUGAGAUUCCUGCAUUGCAGGGGGUUGGACUAGAUGUCCCCUUGGGUCCCUCCCAACUCAACAGUUCCUCUGAUUCUAUAUGAAAUGCUAGUAGAAAUGGGUGUUUUGGAAACAAACUGGAUAACUAGCCUUUCUGUGCACACUACAGCUGUUCCCCACAUACGCCUACGUGUGAAUCUGAAACGGAAAACUGGAAGGAAUUGUGCAGAUUCAGGGCAUCUACGGUGGUGGUGGUGGUGGGGAUUGUGUUAUUCAAGAUGGGAGAACAAAGACUGCACAGUUUGGGCAUGAGAAGCCAAUUACGUGCUUGCAUCUCUGGAUGAAUGUUGUAGGACUAUUUUUGGCUGCCUGAGACAGAGCAGGGCAGAGGCGAUGAUAAAUGGCUCAACCCACUGUGAAGAAUCAAACACUCGUUAUUUUUGAUCACGUUGCUCAGGAACCACCUUCGAAGGAGUCUUUUGAAAUCUUCCAGCCCCUUUGCCUCUUAAGCUGUAUUAGUCCCCCGUCGACAUGCAAAGGGAAAUAUCUGGAAUAAUUGCACCCCUGUCACCUCCUCUUGAAGACAUUCAGGAUGGGUCCCCCCCUCCUCGUGGAAUAACGGCAGUUUGAACAGCUGCUCCAUGCUUCCACAAACAUUGCUUGAUGGUUGGAAAGUGCAUGUGUGAACAGGCGCUCUUGGAAAGCAGAGGUGACAGGAGGCAGACAUGUGUGAAACAGUUCAGGUGUUUAAAGACAGGGUGUGUGGCUUCCUAGGUGUAAUUAACCACUAGAUACAAUGUCCUAUUUUGUUUCCCCAAGCUAGAACUGGGCCAACACACAUAUUCCUCAGCUUGGAAGAAUAAUGAGGCACCAAUGAGGCGACCCAACCCCUAGAACAACCCGAUGCUGUUGGACUACAAUGCCCAUCACCCCUCUCCAUUGGCCAUGCUGGCUGUGGCUGAUGGGAGUUGCUGCCCAACAACAUCUGAAGGGCACCAGUUUGCCAAAGGCUGCCCUGGAACACCAAACAGCCUAACCUGAGCAUUGUGAGUCUUCUUUAUCCGCUCUAUGAAUUGUUGGCUUCAGUUAUCAAAGUGUGGUGGUGGGGGAGUGUGGUCCAAAUGUUUGCCAGUAUAAACACACGUGUGUGUUUGUGACUUUCUAUGCACCUGCCAACUUCAAGCUUGUAACAAAGUGGGCUUUAGUCUGCAAAACUGCCUGACAUUGAUAACUCUUUGCUUGUAACGCUAAGCCAAACCAUGUCCGGGUGGAAACAUGUAGUCUCCCAAAGAAGGGAGGGCCAUAAUUUUGCUGCCCGGCAUCAAGCCAUGGUGUGGCUUAGGGGUUGCCCACACUUCCGCUUGUCCUGUGCAUAGAAAGUUCGGGUCCGAGUGGUUUUAAAAACCUUAGUGCUAAAUUGGAGGAAACGUCAAUCUGCAGAAAACCUGAAUUCCCGUGUACUCUAAAUGAGUGCUAAGGGCGGUUUUCCCUGGGAGAAACCAGCAGGACAAUAGGAAGUUUGGAUAAGCCUUUACGGAACCCAGGCUUGUGCUUUAGCUCUCCUGGAGAAAGGGAACCAAAGAAAACACAGAAAAAGUUCUCUAGAGCUUAGUUCCUUUUCCUUCUUGAAUGCCAAAGCACAAAUGGCUGCCUGCCUUCAACCCUUAUGUGGUUCAAACUAAAAGGGUGGGAGGGAAACCAUAGGCACAUAAACCUUUUAUUUUUUAUUUUUUUGGGAGCGUUGUAAGCGAAACAGUCUGAAGAAGCAACAGAGGAGCUGCUGUCCCCUCCACUUGUCUCACCCAACUUCAAAAGUUGGCCAGUAAUGGUUGAUGGACAUGGAGGAGGAGAAUUGUGUUGGGUGGGUGGGGGAAGCUCUAAUCUUUUAGUUUUUUCCCCCAGUUAAAAAUGUAGCAAUUCAAUGCAGCGUAGGAAAGAGGCCUGCUCAAAAGGUUGCAGAGGGACUGGUAAAAUGGAAGAAAUGGGAAGCUGAGGGAUCCAGAUGACUGGAGUGCUGCCCCCAGCCAAAUGCGCCCUCAAUCACCUGCCCCUACAGCCCCUCAGCUGCCAACCCUGCCCUUCGAGCCACAGUGGGAGCCCAAGGAAUGGUCCUAGGUUGUCUUCUGCCCUGCAGCUGGAAGCAGAAGGUGGAACCCACGAGCAAAGAUGCCCCACUGGCAUGUGGGGCAUAGUCAUGUCCACCACCCUACCCUUUCCCAGGUAGGCAGGUGCCUGUGCAGGUACUUAUGGUUUCCAUACAUCUCCUCAUGUGGAAAGGAAAUGGCGCCAUGUAGCUUGUAGGUUUUGCACCUGCAUUCAAGCUAAAGGACACCAAGUGUAGAAACAGGUCCCAAUCGCUACAAAGUGGGCGAGAGGGGCAGUCAAGCCAUCACAUGUGAAACCUGGUCAAACAGAUCAGCGGGUCCAGGUUGAUUGGCAGGAAGAAAUGGGUGUUUUCCAGGUUGCCUCCCCUCUCCCCCCAGGCUCUCUUUGGGAUGAUGGCGGCCUGAUCAGGGGUACUGCAUCUUUAAUGAACAAUGCAUAUUUUCAGUGAGUUACCAGGGGAAGUAAAACGGAAAAAGAAACCAAACCAAACAAGGAAGUGAAGAAAGAAGAACAAGGCAGGCAUCUUACAAAGAUGUUUUGAACCAUACCAAAAUUAAGUGAUACACAGAGGAGGAAAAAACAAACAAACAAAAUAUAAAAAGAGCAUUUACGUACUCGGAGGCUGCUGUUGUCAAUGAUUUUUUUUUUUUUUUUGUACAGGGAU